AUGACCACUUUCACAAUAUCUCCUGCGACAUCUGAACUGGAUCUGCAGAAUAUCAAGAAGCUGUUCGAGGCGUACGCACAGUCACUGGGCAUCGAUCUCACAUUCCAAGACUUCGCCAGGGAACUUGAGGGCUUACCUGGCAAGUACUCGCCACCUAACGGUGCUCUACUCCUCGCACGUAGCAACGAGACUGCAGAAUCAAUAGGCUGUGUGGCUCUCCGACCACUUCCUGCGACUCAAACCUCGGCAACAACACACGAAGCAACGAAUGUAUCUCGAUCGACCAUCAGCGAAAUGAAACGUCUCUACGUGUCUCCUGCAGGCCGAGGGACAGGUGUGGGUAAAGCUCUUGCUGUUCGCGUUGUGCAGGAAGCCAAGGAUCUGGGCUUCGAGGCCAUCAGGCUGGAUACGCUACCCUCUAUGGAGGCCGCAAGAGCGCUGUAUAGGGCGUUGGGGUUUCGGGAGAUCGAGGCCUACUAUGAGACGCCGCUUGAGGGCACGAUAUUCUUGGAGCUGACGCUGAGGUAG